UGCUCUUGCCUGGGGUUCUCAGGAGGGAAGAGUUGGAGAGGCUUUGCUGCUUAGGACAUUUAUUUUAUAUAUUAAUGGUUUGAACAAGAUUUGCAGGAAAAAAAAGAGGGAGUGCCCAUUCAAGCCAAUGGUGUGUGGGGAGAGACAAACCCCAGUACCUUGAGUUGUAGGUAACAGAGUACUACUCUGUAAACAUGGCGGAUGACGAAGAAUAUGAGGAGGUGGUGGAGUACUACACAGAAGAAGUUGUCUAUGAAGAAGUGCCGGGCAAGACAAUAACCAAAGUUUAUGAGACGACCACUACACGGACAAUAGCUGACCAGGAUUCACAGCCUAUAUCUUACCAUGAGGAACGGACAGUGUCUCAUGAUGAGGAACCAACAAAACCAACAGAGAGGAAGAGAAUUAUCAGGAAGAAAGUGGACUCUUCAAAAUUCAUGACCCCAUACAUAGCACACAGUCAGAAAAUGCAAAAUCUCUUUAGCUCGAAUAAGUACAAAGAGAAUUUUGAAAAAGCCAAAGGAUUACCUUAUGCCAGCACGACUGAUACUCCAGAACUGCGAAGAAUCAAGAAAGUACAAGAUCAGCUCAGUGAGGUGAAGUAUCGCAUGGAUGGUGAUGUCGCCAAAACAAUUUGCCACGUUGAUGAGAAGGCAAAGGACAUUGAACAUGCAAAGAAAGUGUCGCAGCAAGUUAGCAAGGUUUUAUAUAAGCAGAACUGGGAAGACACCAAGGAUAAGUACCUGCUUCCCCCUGAUGCUCCAGAACUUGUCCAGGCAAUUAAGAACACGGCCAUGUUCAGCAAGAAAAAUUACACUGAAGACUGGGAAGCAGACAAAGGUUUAUUUUACCCAUACAAUGACAGUCCAGAGCUGAGGAGGGUUGCACAAGCCCAGAAAGCUCUCAGUGAUAUUGUCUACAAACAAGGACAGGCAGAACGGAAUUCUCAGUUUACUUCACUGGCAGAUCCGCCAGAUAUAGAAUUUGCCAGGAAAGUGAACAAUCAACUGAGUAAGAACAAAUACCGGGAAGACUAUGACAAUAAAAUCAGAGGCAAGUGGAGUGAGACUCCUUGCUUUGAAAUUGCAAAUGCAAGAAUGAAUGCUGACAACUUAAGCUCAAGAAAAUACCAAGAAGACUUUGAGAACCUCAAAGACCAAAUUUACUUUAUGCAGACAGAAACUCCAGAAUACCGAGUUAAUAAACAAGCUGGAAUUGCUGCUAGUAAGGUAAAAUACAAAGCCGACUAUGAAAAGAAUAAAGCUGUGGCUGAUUAUAAUGUGCUUCCUGCUACAGAGAAUCCGCUACUGAGACAGCUGAAGGCUGCAGGAAAUGUCCUAAGUGAUAAAUUAUACAAGGAAAACUAUGAAAAGACAAAGGCAAAGAGCAUGAAUUAUUGUGAGACUCCGAAAUUUCAGCUUGAUACAAUUCUGCACAACUUCAGUGAUACUAAAUAUAAAGAUUCAUAUGUGAAGAAUAUUUUAGGACACUAUGUAGGAAGCUACGAAGACCCAUACCAUUCACAUUGCAUGAAAGUUUCAGCCCAAAACAGUGAUAAAAAUUACAAAGCAGAGUAUGAAGAAGACAGAGGAAAAUGCUACUUCCCCCAGACCAUAACUCAAGAAUAUGAAGCUAUCAAGAAACUAGACCAAUGUAAAGAUCAUACUUACAAAGUCCAUCCUGAUAAGACAAAAUUCACUCCAGUUACUGAUUCUCCUGUCCAACUGCAAGCUCAGAUCAAUACUAAGCAGUUGAGUGAUCUGAAUUAUAAAGCAAAACAUGAAGGUGAAAAGUUCAAGUGCAAUGUCCCACCAGAUGCUCCAUCCUUCAUUCAGCACAGAGUCAAUGCCUAUAACCUCAGUGAUAAUGUUUACAAGCAAGAUUGGGAGAAGAGCAAAGCCAAGAAAUUUGAAAUUAAAGUGGAUGCUAUUCCUCUUCUGGCAGCCAAGGCCAACAGCAAGAAUGCCAGUGAUGUGCUUUACAAGAAAGACUAUGAAAAGAGCCGAGGAAAAAUGAUUGGAGCCUUAAGUAUUGAAGAUGAUCCUAAGAUGCUGCACUCCUUGAAAGUGGCCAAAAACCAGAGCGAUAGGUUAUACAGAGAAAACUAUGAAAAGACAAAGGCAAAGAGCAUGAAUUACUGUGAAACCCCCAAGUUUCAGCUUGAUACCCUUCUGAAGAAUUUCAGUGAGACUAAAUAUAAAGAUUCCUAUGUAAAGAAUAUUUUGGGGCAUUACUUAGGAACCUUUGAGGAUCCCUAUCAUUCCCAUUGCAUGAAAGUUGCUGCUCAAAACAGUGAUAAAAAUUACAAAGCAGAUUAUGAAGAAGAUAGAGGCAAAUGCUACUUCCCUCAGACAAUAACACAAGAAUAUGAAGCAAUAAAGAAACUAGACCAGUGUAAAGAUCACACCUACAAAGUCCAUCCUGAUAAAACAAAAUUCACACCUGUCACUGACUCUCCUGUCCAGUUGCAAGCCCAGAUUAAUACCAAACAACUAAGUGAUCUGAACUACAAAGCAAAACACGAAAGUGAGAAGUUUAAAUGCAAUGUACCAGCAGAUGCUCCAGCCUUCAUUCAGCACAAAGUCAAUGCCUACAACCUGAGUGAUAAUAUUUAUAAACAUGACUGGGAGAAGAGCAAAGCUAAGAAAUUUGAAAUUAAGGUGGAUGCUAUUCCACUUCUGGCAGCCAAAGCUAACAGCAAGAAUGCCAGUGAUGUACUCUACAAAAAAGACUAUGAACAGAGCAAGGGAAAAAUGAUUGGAGCCCUGAGCAUUCAGGAUGAUCCAAAGAUCCUGCACUCUUUGAAAACAGCCAAAAAUCAGAGUGAUCGGGAAUAUCGCAAAGAUUAUGAAAAGGCAAAGACUAUCUACACAGCACCUUUGGACAUGCUCCAAGUCACUCAAGCAAAGAAAACUCAGGCCCUAGUCAGUGAUGUUGACUAUAAGAACAUCCCACAUGGUUACAGCUAUCCCCCUGAUAGCAUCAAUGUGGACUUGGCAAAGAAGGCUUAUGCCCUACAAAGUGAUGUUGAAUAUAAAGCUGACUAUAAUAGCUGGAUGAAAGGCUGUGGCUGGGUACCAUUUGGGUCCUUGGAAAUGGAAAAGGCCAAGAGAGCUUCAGAUAUUCUUAAUGAGAAAAAAUACCGCCAGCAUCCAGAUACUCUCAAAUUUACUUCCAUCGAGGAUGCUCCCAUUACAGUACAGUCUAAAAUCAACCAAGCCCAGAGGAGUGAUAUUCUCUACAAAGCCAAAGGAGAAGAAAUACUCCAUAAGUAUAAUCUACCAGCUGACCUGCCGCAGUUCAUUCAGGCUAAAGUUAAUGCCUACAAUAUUAGUGACAAUCUAUACAAAGCAGAUUUGAAAGACUUGAGCAAAAAGGGCUAUGACCUCAGAACUGACGCCAUCCCUAUUAAAGCUGCCAAAGCUGCUAGACAGGCUGCUAGUGACGUUCAGUACAAGAAAGACUAUGAGAAAGCCAGAGGAAAAAUGGUGGGCUUCCAAAGUCUUCAAGAUGACCCUAAACUGGUUCAUUAUAUGAAUGUUGCCAAGUUGCAGUCUGAUCGGGAGUACAAGAAAGACUAUGAAAAGUCCAAAACCAAGUAUAAUACACCUCAUGAUAUGUUCAAUGUUGUUGGAGCUAAGAAAGCUCAGGAUCUCGUCAGUAAUGUCAAUUAUAAACAUCAGCUCCAUCAUUAUACCUACCUGCCUGAUGCCAUGGAUCUGGAGUUGUCUAAAAAUAUGAUGCACAUUCAGAGUGAUAAUGCCUACAAGGAAGACUAUAAUAACUGGAUGAAAGGUAUUGGCUGGGUCCCCAUUGGCUCUCUUGAGGUAGAGAAAGUGAAAAAAGCUGGUGAUGCAUUGAAUGAAAAGAAGUACAGACAACAUCCAGAUACCCUCAAAUUUACCAGUAUUGUGGAUUCUCCAGUUAUGGUCCAGGCAAAGCAGAACACACAGCAAACCAGUGAUAUCCUAUACAAAGCUAAAGGAGAAGAGAUGAAACACAAAUACAGCAUGAGCCCUGACCUUCCUCAGUUUAUUCAGGCCAAAUGCAAUGCUUACAAUAUCAGUGAUGCAUGUUAUAAACGUGACUGGCAUGAUUUAAUAGCCAAGGGAACCAACGUGAUGGCUGAUUCUAUUCCAAUUGCUGCAGCCAAAGCUUCUAGAAACAUUGCUAGUGAUUAUAAAUACAAAGAAGCAUAUGAAAAGUCAAAAGGAAAGCAUGUUGGUUUUAGAAGCCUUCAAGAUGACCCCAAGUUAGUGCACUUCAUGAAUGUGGCAAAGAUGCAGUCGGAUCGUGAAUACAAGAAGAACUAUGAGAAUACCAAGACUAGCUAUCAUACACCUAAGGAUAUGGUCAGCAUCACUGCCGCUAAAAUGGCCCAGGAUGUUGCCACCAAUGUCAACUACAAACAGCCAAUACACCAUUACACUUAUUUGCCAGAUGCCAUGAAUCUUGAACUUACAAGGAAUAUGAUGCAGAUUCAGAGUGAUAAUGCAUAUAAAGAAGAUUACAACAGCUUCUUCAAAGGCAUUGGCUGGAUCCCUAUUGGUUCUCUGGAGGUUGAAAAAGCCAAGAAAGCCGGGGAGGCUUUAAGUGAAAGAAAAUAUCGACAACACCCAGACACGAUCAAAUUCACAAGUGUGCCAGACUCCAUGGGCAUGGUCUUGGCUCAGCAAAAUACAAAGCAGCUGAGUGAUUUGAACUACAAAGUAGAAGGGGAGAAAAUGAAACACAAAUACACUCUGGACCCAGAAUUGCCUCAAUUUAUUCAAGCCAAGGUCAAUGCUCUCAACAUGAGUGAUGCUCAUUAUAAAGCAGACUGGAAGAAAACACUUAAAAAAGGCUAUGAUUUGAAGCCAGAUGCCAUUCCAAUACUUGCUGCAAAAGCUUCAAGGAAUAUUGCUAGUGAUUUCAAAUAUAAGGAGGCCUAUGAGAAAGACAAAGGAAAACAAGUUGGAUUCCGUAGUCUUCAAGAUGACCCUAAACUGGUUCACUACAUGAAUGUGGCCAAAAUACAGUCAGACCGUGAGUACAAGAAAGGUUAUGAGGCCACUAAGACCAGGUAUCAUAUACCCUUGGAUAUGUUCAGUGUGGUGGCUGCAAAGAAGUCCCAGGAAGCCACUACCAACACCAACUACAGACAGCAAAUCCAUCAUUAUACUCUCUUGCCUGAUGCCCUGCAUAUGGAACAUUCAAGAAAUGCCAUGCAGAUCCAGAGUGAUAAUCUUUAUAAAUCAGAUUUCACCAACUGGAUGAAAGGAAUUGGGUGGGUGCCAGCAGAGUCCCUAGAAGUAGAGAAAGCAAAGAGAGCUGGAGAGAUUCUCAGUGAGAAGAAGUACCGCCAACAUCCAGAAAAACUGAAGUUCACCUAUGGCAUGGAUGCUAUGGAACAAGUACUUAACAAAAAUAACAAGCUGACCAUGGACAAGAGGCUCUACACUGAGAAAUGGAACAAAGACAAGACCACCAUCCAUGUUAUGCCUGACACUCCAGAUAUUCUAUUGUCCAAAGUAAACCAAGUGACCAUGAGUGAUAAACUCUACAAAUCUGGCUGGGAAGAGGCUAAGAAGAAAGGAUAUGACCUGAGGCCAGAUGCUAUCUCAAUACAGGCUGCAAAAUCCUCUAGGGACAUUGCCAGUGAUUACAAGUACAAACAAGCCUAUGAAAAAACCAAAGGGAAGCACAUUGGCUUCCGGAGCCUUGAAGAUGAUCCCAAAUUAGUGCACUUCAUGCAAGUGGCUAAAAUGCAGUCUGACCGAGAAUACAAGAAAGGCUAUGAGAAGUCAAAAACAUCAUUCCAUACUCCAGUGGACAUGCUCAGUGUUGUGGCAGCAAAGAAGUCACAGGAAGUGGCUACCAAUACCAACUACAAGCAUUUGAUCCACACAUACAACAUGCUUCCAGAUUCCAUGAGCUUUGAGUUAGCCAAAAAUAUGAUGCAGAUCCAGAGUGAUAAUCAGUACAAAGCUGACUAUGAUGACUUCAUGAAAGGUAUUGGAUGGAUGCCCCUCUGCUCCCUGGAAGCAGAGAAAAACAAGAAAGCCAUGGAGAUCAUCAGUGAAAAGAAGUACCGCCAGCAUCCUGACACUUUGAAGUAUUCUACUUUGAUGGACUCAAUGAGCAUGGUUCUAGCGCAGAAUAACGCAAAAAUUAUGAACGAACAUCUCUACAAACAAGCUUGGGAAGCAGAUAAGACCAAAGUUCACAUCAUGCCUGAUCACCCUCAGAUUGUUUUGGCAAAAGCAAAUGCAAUUAACAUGAGUGAUAAAAUAUACAAACUUUCCUUGGAAGAGGGGAGGAAGAAGGGAUAUGAUCUCAGAACUGAUGCAAUUCCUAUCACUGCUGCCAAAGCUUCUAGAGAUAUUGCUAGUGAUUAUAAAUACAAAUAUAAUUACGAAAAGGACAAAGGGAAGAUGGUUGGUUUCCGUAGUCUUCAAGAUGACCCCAAACUAGUCCACUACAUGCAAGUGGCUAAAAUGCAAUCUGAACGGGAAUACAAGAAAAACUAUGAAAAUACCAAGACCAGCUAUCAUACUCCCGCUGACAUGCUCAGUGUCAUAGCAGCCAGGGAUGCCCAAGCCAAUAUAAGCAACACUGCCUACAAGCACCUUAUUCACAAAUACAUCCUUCUUCCUGAUGCAAUGAACAUUGAAUUGUCCAGGAAUAUGAAUCGUAUUCAAAGUGAUAAUGAAUAUAAACAGGAUUACAACGAAUGGUACAAAGGCGUUGGCUGGAGUCCAGCUGGUUCUCUGGAAGUGGAGAAGGCCAAGAAAGCUACUGAAUAUGCAAGUGACAGGAAAUACCGUCAGCAUCCUAGCAACUUUCAAUUCAAGAAACUGAGUGACUCUAUGGACAUGGUGCUUGCAAAACAGAAUGCACACACCAUGAAUAAGCAUUUAUAUACUGUUGAUUGGAACAAAGACAAGACUCAGAUUCAUGUUAUGCCAGAUACGCCAGAUAUUCUACAGGCCAAGCAGAACCAGACACUGUAUAGUCAGAAACUGUAUAAACUUGGAUGGGAAGAAGCAUUAAAGAAAGGCUAUGACCUCCGACCUGAUGCAAUUUCAGUCCAGUUGGCCAAAGCUUCAAGAGACAUUGCCAGUGAUUAUAAGUACAAGGAAGGCUACCGCAAACAACAAGGCCACCAUAUUGGAUUCCGUAGCAUUCAAGAUGACCCCAAACUGGUACUAUCCAUGAAUGUGGCCAAAAUGCAGAGUGAGAGGGAAUACAAGAAGGACUUUGAGAAAUGGAAGACCAAGUACAACAGUCCAGUGGACAUGUUGGGAGUAGUUUUGGCUAAGAAAUGUCAGGCUUUAGUCAGUGAUAUAGACUACAAGCAUCCCAUACACCAUUGGACAUGCUUGCCAGAUCAGACAGCUAUUAUUCAAGCUAAAAGAGUAUAUGAGCUACAGAGUGAGAACAUGUAUAAGUCUGAUCUCCAAUGGCUCAAAGGGAUAGGAUGGAGCCCCCUGGGUUCUCUGGAGGCUGAAAAGAACAAGAGGGCUUCAGAAAUCAUCAGUGAAAAGAAAUACCGGCAACCAGCAGACAAAAACAAAUUCACCAGUCUCCCUGAUGCUAUGGACAUAGUUUUGGCGAAGACAAAUGCCAAAAACAGGAGUGAUAUACUCUAUCGAGAAGCUUGGGACAAAGACAAGACACAGAUCCACAUAAUGCCUGAUACACCUGACAUUGUUUUGGCAAAAGCCAACUUGAUCAAUACAAGUGAUAAACUCUACCGAUUAGGUUAUGAGGAGUUGAAGAAGAAAGGGUAUGACCUUCCUAUUGAUGCCAUACCAAUCAAAACAGCCAAGGCAUCGAGAGAAAUUGCAAGUGAAUACAAGUACAAGGAAGGCUAUCGUAAGCAGCUUGGCCACCACAUUGGAGCCCGUGACAUAAAGGAUGAUCCCAAGAUGAUGUGGUCUAUGCAUGUAGCCAAGAUCCAGAGUGACAGAGAGUACAAGAAGGACUUUGAGAAGUGGAAGACCAAGUUCAGCAGUCCAGUGGACAUGCUGGGGGUUGUACUGGCCAAGAAGUGUCAGAUUCUGGUCAGUGACAUAGAUUACAAACACCCCCUGCACCAAUGGAUAUGCCUGCCUGACCAGAAUGAUGUUGUUCAUGCUAGGAAGACAUAUGAUCUUCAGAGUGAUAAUCUGUAUAAGGCAGAUCUCCAGUGGCUGAGAGGCAUUGGCUGGUCCCCUAGUGGUUCCCUUGAGGAUGAAAAGAAUAAAAGAGCAACUACAAUUCUGAGUGACCACAUAUAUCGUCAGCACCCAGAAAAGUUCAAAUUUUCUAGUCUAAUAGACUCCAUGCCUAUGGUUUUGGCAAAGAACAAUGCUAUAACAAUGAAUCACCGCCUCUAUACUGAAGCAUGGGAUAAAGAUAAAACCAGCAUUCACAUUAUGCCAGACACCCCUGAAGUUUUACUAGCAAAGCAGAAUAAAAUUAAUUACAGUGAUAAACUGUAUAAACUUGGCCUGGAAGAAGCUAAGCAGAAAGGCUAUGAUUUGCGGAUAGAUGCCAUCCCCAUCCAGGCAGCUAAAGCCUCCAGAGAUAUUGCCAGUGAAUACAAAUACAAGGAAGGCUAUCGUAAGCAGCUUGGCCACCAUAUCGGAGCCCGAGCCAUUCAUGAUGACCCCAAGAUGAUGUGGUCUAUGCAUAUAGCCAAGGUUCAAAGUGACAGGGAAUACAAAAAGGACUUUGAGAAAUGGAAGACCAAGUUCAGCAGCCCAGUGGAUAUGCUGGGGGUUGUGCUUGCCAAGAAAUGUCAGACCUUGGUUAGUGAUGUGGAUUACAAGCAUCACCUUCACCAAUGGACGUGUUUACCAGACCAAAAUGAUGUCAUUCAUGCUCGUAAAGCUUAUGACCUUCAAAGUGAAAAUCUAUACAAGUCAGAUCUCCAGUGGUUGAGAGGCAUUGGCUGGGUACCAAUUGGUUCUUUGGAUGUUGAAAAAUGCAAACGAGCAACAGAAAUUUUGAGUGACAAGGUCUACCGUCAGCCUCCAGACAAACUGAAAUUUACCAGUGUGACUGAUUCUCUGGAACAAGUGUUGGCCAAGAAUAAUGCCCUCAACAUGAACAAACGUCUAUACACAGAAGCCUGGGAAAAAGACAAGACCCAAAUCCACAUCAUGCCUGAUACACCUGAGAUUACACUAGCAAGACUCAACAAGAUCAACUACAGCGAGAGUCUAUAUAAACUUGCCAAUGAAGAGGCAAAGAAGAAAGGCUACGACUUGCGAAUUGACGCCAUCCCAAUCGUGUCUGCCAAGGCAUCAAGAGACAUUGCCAGUGAUUACAAAUACAAAGAUGGAUAUCGCAAGCAGCUUGGCCAUCAUAUUGGAGCCCGUGACAUAAAAGAUGAUCCCAAGAUGAUGUGGUCUAUGCAUGUGGCCAAGAUCCAGAGUGACAGGGAGUACAAGAAGGACUUUGAGAAAUGGAAGACCAAGUUCAGCAGCCCAGUGGACAUGCUGGGGAUUGUGUUGGCCAAGAAGUGUCAGACUCUGGUCAGUGAUGUAGACUACAGGCAUCCUCUGCAUGAGUGGAUGUGCCUCCCAGACCAGAAUGAUGUCAUUCAUGCUCGUAAAGCCUAUGAUCUACAGAGUGAUAAUAUAUAUAAGUCAGAUCUUCAGUGGCUAAGGGGUAUUGGCUGGGUGCCAAUUGGUUCUCUGGAUGUUGAAAAGUGCAAACGAGCAACAGAGAUUUUGAGUGACAAGGUCUACCGUCAGCAUCCAGACACAUUGAAAUUUACCAGUGUGACUGAUUCUCUGGAACAAGUGUUGGCCAAGAAUAAUGCCAUCACCAUGAACAAGCGUCUAUAUACAGAAGCUUGGGACAAAGACAAGACUCAGAUUCAUAUAAUGCCUGAUACCCCUGAAAUCAUGUUGGCAAGACAGAACAAAAUCAACUACAGUGAGAGUCUGUAUAAACUUGCCAAUGAAGAAGCAAAGAAGAAAGGCUAUGACUUGAGAAUUGAUGCCAUCCCUAUUGUGACAGCCAAAGCCUCAAGAGAUAUUGCCAGUGAAUACAAAUAUAAAGAUGGAUAUCGCAAACAGCUUGGCCACCACAUUGGAGCCCGUGACAUAAAAGAUGAUCCCAAGAUGAUGUGGUCUAUGCAUGUAGCCAAGAUCCAAAGUGACAGAGAGUAUAAGAAGGACUUUGAGAAGUGGAAGACCAAGUUCAGCAGCCCAGUGGAUAUGCUGGGGGUCGUACUGGCUAAGAAGUGUCAGACUUUGGUUAGUGAUGUGGACUACAGGCAUCACUUACACCAGUGGAUAUGCCUCCCAAAUCAGAAUGAUGUCAUCCAUGCGCGAAAGGCCUAUGACCUACAGAGUGAUAAUAUUUACAAGUCAGAUCUCGAGUGGAUGAAAGGUAUUGGCUGGGUCCCAAUUGGUUCACUGGAUGCCGUCAAAUGUAAAAGGGCUGCAGAAAUUUUAAGUGAUAAAGUCUACCGUCAGCCUCCAGACAAACUGAAAUUUACCAGCGUGACUGACUCUCUGGAACAAGUAUUGGCCAAGAAUAAUGCCCUCAACAUGAACAAGCGUUUAUACACAGAGGCCUGGGACAAAGAUAAGACUCAGAUCCACAUUAUGCCUGACACACCUGAGAUUAUGUUAGCAAGACAGAACAAAAUCAACUAUAGUGAGUCUAUAUCGACUUGCUAUGAAGAAGCAAAGAAAGAAGGUUAUGACCUGAGAAGUGAUGCCAUUCCAAUUGUAGCAGCCAAAGCAUCCCGGGACAUUGCCAGUGAUUACAAAUAUAAAGAAGCUUAUCGCAAGCAACUUGGUCACCACAUUGGUGCCCGAGCAGUACAUGAUGAUCCCAAGAUGAUGUGGUCCCUCCACAUUGCCAAAGUGCAGAGUGACCGUGAGUAUAAGAAAGAAUUUGAGAAAUACAAGACAAGAUACAGCAGCCCUGUGGACAUGCUUGGUAUUGUGUUGGCCAAGAAAUGCCAGACCUUGGUCAGUGAUGUGGACUAUAAGCAUCCUUUGCAUGAAUGGACAUGUCUGCCAGACCAGAAUGACAUCAUUCAGGCUCGCAAGGCCUAUGACCUACAGAGUGAUAAUUUAUAUAAAUCUGACCUUGAAUGGAUGAAAGGCAUUGGCUGGGUCCCAAUAGGGUCCCUAGAGGUUCUUAAAGCCAAGAGAGCAACAGAGAUAUUGAGUGAUAAUAUUUACCGUCAACCUCCAGACAAACUGAAAUUUACCAGCGUAACGGACUCUCUGGAGCAGGUGCUAGCAAAGAAUAAUGCUAUAAAUAUGAACAAGCGUUUAUAUGUGGAAGCAUGGGAAAAUGACAAGAAAACAAUCCAUGUCAUGCCAGACACACCAGAAAUCAUGCUUGCCAAACUUAACAAAAUAAACUACAGUCAGAAACUCUACCGACUUGCACUGGAGGAGUCCAAGAAAGAAGGUUAUGACCUCCGGGUGGAUGCCAUUCCAAUUCAGUCAGCUAAAGCAUCUCGAGAUAUUGCUAGUGAUUACAAGUACAAAGAAGGCUACCGUAAGCAGUUGGGCCACCACAUUGGAGCCCGUGACAUAAAGGAUGAUCCCAAGAUAAUGUGGUCUCUACAUGCAGCCAAGAUCCAAAGUGACAGGGAAUACAAAAAGGACUUUGAGAAAUGGAAGACCAAGUUCAGCAGCCCAGUGGACAUGCUGGGGAUUGUGUUGGCCAAGAAGUGUCAGACUCUGGUCAGUGAUGUAGACUACAGGCAUCCUCUGCAUGAGUGGAUGUGCCUGCCAGACCAGAAUGAUGUCAUUCAGGCACGCAAGGCCUAUGACCUACAGAGUGAUGCUAUUUACAAAUCUGAUCUGGAAUGGCUGAGAGGUAUUGGAUGGGUUCCCAUUGGUUCUGUAGAUGUUGAAAAGGUUAAGAGAGCAGGUGAAAUUUUAAGUGACAAGAAGUACCGCACACCUGCUGAUCAGCUCAAGUUUACUUGCAUCACGGACACCCCAGAAAUUGUCCUGGCAAAGAACAAUGCUCUGACCAUGAGCAAGCAUCUGUACACAGAAGCUUGGGAUGCUGACAAAGCUUCCAUCCAUGUGAUGCCAGACACACCUGAAAUCUUGCUGGCCAAGAGCAAUUCUGUUAACGUCAGCCAUAAACUUUAUACUCAAGGAUGGGAUGAAGCAAAGGCAAAGGAAUAUGACUUUAGAGCUGAUGCCAUUCCGAUCAAAAGUGCCAAGGCCUCAAGGGACAUUGCCAGUGACUACAAAUAUAAAGAGGCUUAUGAGAAGCAGAAGGGUCACCACAUUGGAGCCCAGUGCGUGGAAGAUGAUCCAAAGAUUAUGUGGUCCAUACAUGCAGGGAAGAUUCAAAGUGAAAGGGAGUACAAGAAGGAUUUCCAGAAGUGGAAGACCAAGUUCAGUAGUCCAGUGGAUAUGUUGGGCAUCUUGCUUGCUAAAAAAUGCCAGACUCUGGUCAGUGAUAUUGACUAUCGCAACUACUUACACCACUGGACAUGUUUGCCAGAUCAAAAUGAUGUUAUCCAAGCAAGGAAGGCCUAUGACUUACAAAGCAAUAAUGUGUACAAAGCAGACCUGGAAUGGCUACGUGGCAUUGGUUGGAUGCCCCAGGGUUCGGUGGAGAUGGCUAGAGUGAAGUGUGCCCAAGAUCUCAUAAAUGAGAGACUGUAUCGAACACGACCAGAAGCCCUGAAAUUCACAAAUAUUGUUGACACCCCUGAAGUUGUAUUGGCUAAGACCAAUUCUUUACAAAUGAGUGAGUGGUUGUAUAAAGAUGCCUGGAAUAAAGAUAAGACAAACAUCAACAUUCCUUCUGACACGCCGGAGAUGUUACAGGCUCAACUCAAUGCCAUGCAGAUCAGCAAGAAACUGUAUCAACGAGACUGGGAUGAAGCUAAACAGAAAGAUUAUGAUAUAAAUGAGGAAGCCAUUGAAAUCAAACAUGCAAAGGCGUCUAGAGACAUUGCCAGUGAGUACAAGUAUAAAGAAGGUUAUCGGAAACAACUGGGCCAUCACGUAGGUUUCCGCAGCCUGCAAGACGACCCCAAGUUAGUGUGGUCUAUCCAUGCUGCCAAGAUCCAGAGUGACAGGGAGUAUAAGAAAGCUUAUGAGAAAUCUAAGGCCUACUACAAUACUCCACUGGACAUGAUGGCGAUUGUUCAGGCCAAGAAAUGCCAGGUCCUGGUUAGUGAUGUGGAUUAUCGCAAUUACCUGCACGAGUGGAUGUGUCUCCCAGACCAGAAUGAUGUGAUCCAGGCUAAGAAAGCCUAUGAACUUCAAAGUGAUAAUAUAUACAAAUCAGACCUGGAAUGGUUGAAGGGUAUUGGAUGGUUGCCGCAAGAUUCUGUGGAAGUGAAUAGAGCAAAGAAUGCCCAAGAUCUAGUAAAUGAAAGACUGUACCGUACAAGGCCUGAAGCUCUCAAAUUCACAAGCAUUGUUGACACCCCUGAAGUUGUCCUGGCAAAGACCAAUGCUCUGCAAAUCAGUGAGCCAUUAUAUCGAGAUGCUUGGGAUAAGGAAAAAGCCAAUGUGACCAUCCCUGCCGACACCCCUGUGAUGCUGCAGUCCAAGAUCAAUGCCAUGCAGAUCAGCAAUAAACAAUAUCAACAAGCUUGGGAGGAUGUCAAGAUGAAGGCUUAUGACCUACGAGCAGAUGCCAUUGGAAUUAAGCAUGCCAAGGCUUCAAGAGAUAUUGCUAGUGAGUAUCUCUACAAAUCUGCUUAUGAGCAACAGAAAGGCCAUUACAUUGGAUGUCGCACUGCAAAGGAAGACCCCAAGCUUUCUUGGGCAGCUCAAGUGUUGAAAAUGCAGAAUGACAGAUUAUAUAAGAAGGCCUACAAUGACAACAAGGCCAAGAUCUCUAUACCAGUGAACAUGGUGUCCAUCAAUGCUGCUAAAGAGGGCCAGGCAUUAGUGAGUGAUGUGGACUACCGUCAGUACCUCCACCACUGGUCAUGCUUUCCUGAUCAGAAUGAUGUGAUCCAAGCCAGGAAGGCUUAUGACCUACAAAGUGAUGCCAUUUAUAAGGCUGACUUGGAGUGGUUGCGUGGUAUUGGCUGGAUGCCAGAAGGUUCUCCUGAGAUACUGAGAGUCAAGAAUGCCCAGGAGAUUUUUUGUGACAGUGUCUACCGGACACCUGUGAAGGACCUUAAGUAUACGAGUAUUGUUGACACUCCUGAAGUUGUCCUUGCUAAGGCAAAUGCUGAAAAUAUCAGUAUUCCCAAGUACAGAGAAGUUUGGGACAAAGACAAAACAUCAAUUCAUAUCAUGCCAGAUACCCCAGAAAUUAAUCUGGCCAGAGCAAAUGCUCUUAAUGUGAGCAAUAAACUUUACAAAGAAGGCUGGGAUGAAGUGAAGAUGAGUUGUGAUGUGAGGCUAGAUGCCAUUCCAAUCCAGUCGGCCAAGGCCUCCAGAGAGAUUGCCAGUGAUUAUAAAUACAAACUGGACCAUGAAAAGCAGAAGGGCCACUAUGUGGGAACCCUUACUGCCAGAGAUGAUAACAAGAUCCGCUGGGCCUUGAUAGCAGGCAAGAUUCAGAAUGAAAGAGAAUACCGGCUGGACUGGGGCAAGUGGAAGACCAAGUUCAAAAGCCCAGUGGAUAUGCUUUCUAUUUUACAUUCUAAAAAAAGCCAGACCCUAGUCAGUGAUGUGGAUUACCACAAUUAUCUUCAUCAAUGGACAUGCCUGCCAGACCAGAAUGAUGUGAUUCAAGCCAAGAAAGCCUAUGAACUACAGAGUGAUGCGGUUUACAAGGCCGACUUGGAAUGGCUGCGGGGAAUUGGGUGGAUGCCAAAUGAUUCAGUUUCAGUGAAUCACGCCAAACAUGCUGCAGAUAUAUUUAGUGAGCAAAAAUAUCGGACGAAGGUGGAAACUCUCAAUUUUACCCCUGUGGAUGACCGAGUGGAUUAUGUGACAGCAAAACAAAGUGGCGAGAUCCUAAAUGAUAUUAAAUACCGCAAAAACUGGAAUGACAUCAAAUCAAAGUAUACCCUAACAGAAACACCACUACUACACACUGCCCAGGAAGCAGGCAGGAUACGAGACCAGUAUCUCUACAAGGAAGGCUGGGAGAAACAGAAAGCUACAGGUUACAUUUUACCUCCAGAUGCUGUGCCUUUCGUCCAUGCCCAUCAUUCCAAUGAUGUCCAAAGUGAGCUCAAAUAUAAGGCUGAACAUGUUAAGCAAAAAGGUCAUUAUGUUGGUGUUCCUACUAUGAGAGAUGAUCCCAAACUGGUUUGGUUUGAGCAUGCCGGGGAGAUCCAGAAUGACAGACUAUACAAAAAGGACUAUCACAAGACCAAAUCCAGAAUCCACAUACCUCCUGAUAUUGUGUCCGUCAUGGCAGCCAAACAGGGUCAGAGCCUUGUAAGUGAUAUAGAUUACCGGAAUUACUUGCAUCAGUGGACAUGUCACCCAGACCAGAAUGAUGUCAUUCAAGCAAAGAAGGCCUAUGAGCUACAAAGUGAUAAUGUCUAUAAGUCAGACCUGGAGUGGCUCCGUGGUAUUGGUUGGAUACCCCUGGAUUCUGUUGAACAUGUGAGGGUAACAAGGAACCAGGAAAUGGUGAACCAGAUAAAAUAUAAGAAAGAUGCUCUUGACAAUUAUCCUAACUAUACAAGUGUGGUUGAUCCUCCAGACAUUGUUCUAGCCAAGAUUAACUCAGUCAAUCAGAGUGAUGUGAAAUACAAAGAAACAUUUAACCGAGCAAAGGGCAAAUAUAUUGGGUCUGCAGAUACUCCACACCUAUCCCACUCCAGAGAUAUGGCCAAACUCUAUAGUACGAUAUUAUAUAAAGGAUCCUGGGAAGGAAGUAAAGCCUAUGGCUAUACCUUGGAUGAGCGAUACAUCCCAAUUGUUGGUGCCAAGAAUGCUGACUACGUGAAUAGCCUGCUUAAAUACAAAGAAGUAUAUGAAAAGCAGAAGGGUCAUUACCUGGCUGGAAAACACAUCAGUGAAUUCCCUGCUGUUAUUCAUUCUCUGGAUUUCCAGAAAAUGAGGAGUGCGUUGAACUACAGAAGACAUUAUGAAGAUACCAAAGCCAAUGUCCAUAUUCCCAUUGACAUGAUGAAUCACGUACUCGCUAAAAAGUGCCAAUACAUCCUCAGUGACCUGGAAUAUCGGAAUUACUUUCACCAGUGGACAUCUCUGCCAGAAGAACCCAAUGUCAUUCGUGCCCGAAAUGCCCAGGAGAUUUUGAGUGAUAAUGUAUAUAAAGAUGACUUAAAUUGGCUGAGAGGAAUUGGAUGCUAUGUCUGGGAUACACCUCAAAUCCUCCAUGCUAAAAAAUCCUAUGAUCUCCAAAGUCAGCUGCAAUAUACAGCGGCAGGUAAAGACAAUUUACAGAACUACAACCUGGUCACAGAUACUCCCCUUUAUGUGACUGCCCUCCAGAGUGGCAUUAAUGCCAGUGAGGUGAAAUAUAAAGAAAAUUAUCAUCAAAUCAAGGACAAAUACACUACAGUUCUAGAAACAGUGGAUUAUGACAGAACCAAGAAUCUAAAAAGUCUUUUUAGCAAUAAUCUCUACAAGGAUGCCUGGGAAAAAGUGAAAGCCACAAGCUACAUACUACCAACCAAUGCAGUCUCACUGACACAUGCCAAGAAUCAGAAAUAUCUGGCUAGCCAUAACAAAUAUCGUGAAGAGUAUGAGAAGUUUAAAGCUCUCUACACUUUACCAAGAAGUGUUGAUGAUGAUCCAAACACAGCAAGAUGCCUUCGAGUGGGCAAACUUAACAUUGAUCGUCUCUACAGAUCUGUCUAUGAAAAGAAUAAGAUGAAAAUCCACAUUGUGCCAGACAUGGUAGAGCUUAUUACUGCCAAGGAUACCCAGAAGAAAGUCAGUGAAGUUGAUUACCGCCUGCAUCUGCAUGAAUGGAUCUGCCAUCCAGAUCUUCAGAUCAAUAGCCAUGUCAGGAAAGUCACAGAUCAGAUCAGUGAUAUUGUCUAUAAGGAUGACCUCAACUGGCUAAAAGGUAUUGGUUGUUUCGUCUGGGACACACCUGAAAUUCUUCAUGCAAAACAUGCCUAUGAUCUGCGUGAUGAUAUAAAAUACAAAUCUCACGUAAUGAAAACAAGAAAUGACUACAAAUUGGUCAUGGAUACGCCACUCUAUGUACAGGCAGUCAAAAGCGGCCAACAACUGAGUGAUGCUGUCUACCGCCAUGAAUAUAUACACAACGUUAGAGGCAAAGUGGCUCCCACUACUAAGACAGUGGAUUUGGACCGGUCACUCCAUGCUCAUAAACUACAGAGUGAAUAUUUAUACCGAAAGGAUGGCUUACGCUACCUCCCCACUGGAUACAGGCUUCCAGGAGAUGCUCCCAACUUUAAGAAGGCUAAGGAGGCCCAAUACAUGAGUAGUUAUUUUAAAUACAAAGAAGUCUAUGAACACCUUAAGGCAUAUGGAUACACUCUUGGCCCCAAGGAUGUUCCGUUUGUUCAUGUCCGGAGAGCCAACCAAGUUACCAGUGAGCGUUUAUAUCGAGAAUUAUACCACAAAUUAAAGGACAAGAUUCAUACUACUCCGGACACUCCUGAAAUCCGUCAAGUCAAAAAAACACAAGAAGCUGUCAGUGAACUGAUCUACAAAUCUGACUUCUUCAGGAUGCGAGGACACAUGAUCUCCCUGCCGUACACUCCUCAAGUGAUACAUUGCCGCUAUGUAGGAGACAUCACAAGUGAUAUUAAGUACAAAGAGGACUUACAGAUAUUGAAGGGCUUAGGAUGCUUCCUCUAUGAUACCCCUGACAUGGUCCGUUCCCGUCACCUGCGUAAGCUUUGGUCCAACUACCUGUAUACUGAUAAGGCAAGGAAGGAGAGAGACAAAUAUAGUGUGGUGCUGGACACACCUGAAUACAGAAAAGUACAAGAGCUGAAGACACAUCUGAGUGAGUUGGUGUACAGAGCUGUAGGCAAGAAGCAGAAAUCAAUAUAUACUUCAAUUCUUGAUACUCCUGACUUUUUAAGAGCCAAGAAAGGACAGAAGCUUCAGAGUCAGUAUCUGUACAUUGAACUGGCCACCAAAGAGAGACCCCAUCAUCAUGCUGGUAACCAGACUAAAGCCUUAAAGCAUGCUAGAGAUGUGAAGGACAUGGUCAGUGAGAAAAAAUACAAAAUUCAGUAUGAAAAAAUGAAGGACAGAUACACUCCAGUCCCUGACACACCAAUCCUUGUCAGAGCUAAAAAGGCUUACUGGAACGCCAGUGAUUUACGCUACAAAGAAACAUUCCACGCGACCAAAGGGAGGUACCACACUGUAAAGGAUGCUCUGGACAUUGUCUAUCACCGCAGGGUCACAGAUGAUAUCAGCAGUGUGAAAUACAAAGAAAACUACAUGAGCCAACUGGGAUUCUGGAGGUCAAUUCCAGACCGCCCAGAGCACUACCACCACCGGGCUGUCACUGAUGCCGUCAGUGAUGUUAAAUACAAAGAAGACUUGACAUGGCUUAAGGGCAUUGGUUGCUAUGCCCAUGAUACCCCUGACUUGAUGUUGGCAGAACAAAACAAGACCCUUUAUAGCAAGUACAAGUACAAGGAAUUAUUUGAAAAAACAAAGUCUAAGUUCAAGUACAUAGCUGACUGUCCAAUUAAUAGGCAUUUCAAAUAUGCAACUCAACUGAUGGAUGAGAAAAAAUACAGAGCUGAUUAUCAGCAGCGGAAAGAUAAGUACAGCCUUGUGGUGGAUGAGCCUAGACAUCUGCUGGCUAAGACCGUAGGCGAACAAAUAAGUCAGAAAAAAUAUAAAUCUAGUGCCAAGAUGUUUCUACGACACGGAUGUAAUGAAAUUCUGCGUCCAGAUAUGUUGACUGCACUCUACAAUACACACAUGUGGAGCCAGAUCAAGUACAAGAAAAACUAUGAGAAGACAAAGGACAAAUUUACAUCUGUGGUGGAUACCCCAGAACAUUUGCGUACCACAAAAGUCAACAAGCAAAUCAGUGAUAUUCUUUACAAGUUGGAAUAUAACAAAGCCAGACCCAGAGGCUACACCACAAUCCAUGACACCCCCAUGUUACUGCAUGUCCGCAAAGUGAAAGACCGAAUCAGUGAUCUGAAAUACAAAGAAGCAUACCACAGGACUAAGUCUAAUUGCACGAUUGAACCUGAUGCAGUUCAUAUAAAGGCAGCCAAGGAUGCCUACAAAGUAAACACUAAUAGGUAUUAUAAGAAGCAAUACGAAGCCACCAAAGCUCACUGGAGGUGGAUUGCUGACAGACCUGACUUCCUACAAGCUGCCAAGUCAACCUUGCAACAAAGUGAUUUUGAAUAUAAGCUGGACCGAGAGUUCCUGAAGGGUUGUAAGCUUUCUGUCACUGAUGACAAAGACAUGGUGCUGGCCCUGAGGAAUUCCUUGAUAGAAAGUGAUUUAAAAUACAAAGAGAAACAUGUCAAGGAAAGAGGAACCUGCCAGGCUGUGCCCGAUACUCCUCAGAUCCUUCUUGCUAAGACUGUCAGUAACCUGGUAUCAGAGAACAAAUACAAGGAUUAUGUGAAAAAGCACCUCGCACAGGGCUCCUACACAACUCUUCCCAAGACUCGUGACACGGUUCAUGUCAAGGAAGUGACCAAGAAUGUCAGCGAUACAAAUUACAAAAAGAAGUUUGUAAAGGAGAGAGGAAAGUCCAACUACUCCAUCAUGCUUGAGCCACCAGAGGUGAAACAUGCCAUGGAAGUAGCAAAAAAACAAAGCAACAUUGCUUAUAAAAAAGAUGCCAAGGAGAACCUACAUUACACCACUGUGGCUGAUCGGCCUGACAUCAAGAAAGCAACUCAUGCUGCCAAGCUAGCCAGUGAGGUGGAAUAUAGAGCCAAGCACCGGAAGGAAGGCAGUCAUGGAUUAAGCAUGCUUGGCCGCCCUGAUAUCGAAAUGGCCAAGAAAGCUUCCAUGCUGAGCAGUCAGGUAAAAUACCGAGAAAACUUUAACAAAGAGAAGGGCAAGACACCAAAAUACAACUUGAAAGACAGCCAACUCUACAAGACCAUGAAAGAUGCCAAUAACCUUGCAAGUGAGGUUAAGUACAAGGCUGACUUAAAGAAGCUUCACAAACCUGUGACUGACAUGAAGGAAUCUCUAAUUAUGAACCAUGUGCUGAAUACAAGCCAACUUGCCAGUUCUUACCAGUACAAGAAGAAAUAUGAGAAGAGCAAAGGUCACUACCAUGUAAUUCCUGAUAACCUGGAACAGCUCCAUCUAAAAGAAGCAACAGAACUGCAGAGCCAAGUGAAAUAUAAAGAAAAGUAUGAAAAGGAACGAGGGAAGCCCAUGUUGGACUUUGAAACCCCAACAUACAUAACUGCAAAAGAAUCUCAACAGAUGCAGAGUGGGAAAGAAUAUAGAAAGGAUUAUGAAGAGUCCAUUAAAGGCAGAAACCUUACUGGCCUGGAAGUUACACCAGCUUUAUUACAUGUCAAAUAUGCCACCAAAAUAGCAAGCGAGAAAGAGUACAGGAGAGAUCUAGAGGAAAGCAUCCGAGGAAAGGGUCUCACCGAAAUGGAUGACACACCUGAUAUGCUACGAGCAAAGAAUGCAACUCAGAUCCUCAAUGAGAAAGAAUACAAGAGAGACUUAGAGCUGGAAGUCAAAGGACGAGGUCUGACCACCAUGGCCAAUGAAACUCCAGACUUUAUGAGGGCCAAGAAUGCGACAGAUAUUGCUAGCCAGAUUAAAUAUAAGCAAUUGGCAGAAAUGGAAAAAGGCAACUUCACUUCUGUUGUUGAUACUCCAGAGAUCAUUCAUGCUCAGCAAGUCAAGAACCUUUCAAGCCAGAAAAAGUACAAAGAGGAUGCUGAAAGGUGCAUGUCCUACUAUGAGACAGUGCUGGAGACUCCAGAGAUGCAGAGAGUUCGAGAGAACCAGAAGAACUUCAGCCUUCUCCAAUACCAGAGUGAUCACAAAAACGCUAAGGGGAAAAUUACAGUUGUACAAGACACGCCAGAAAUACUGCGUGUUAAAGAAAAUCAAAAGAAUUUCAGCUCGGUGUUAUAUAAAGAAGGCAUCUCUCCUGGGACAGCAAUUGGAAAGACCCCUGAGAUGCUGAGAGUCAAACAGACACAGGAUCACAUCAGUGCGGUAAAAUACAAGGAAAGUAUUGGACAAGGAACCCCAAUUCCUGACCUUCCUGAAGUGAAACGUGUCAAGGAGACGCAAAAGCACAUAAGCUCGGUUAUGUACAAAGAGAACUUGGGGACAGGCACUCCAACCACUAUUACUCCAGAGAUGGAGAGAGUCAAACGCAAUCAAGAGAACUUUAGCUCGGUGUUGUACAAAGAAAAUUUGGGGACUGGAACCCCAACACCUAUUACUCCAGAGAUGGAGAGAGUCAAACACAAUCAAGAGAACGUUAGCUCGGUGUUGUACAAAGAAAACCUGGGCAAGGGAACCCCCUUACCGGUCACUCCUGAGAUGGAGAGAGUCAAACACAAUCAAGAAAACUUUAGCUCGGUGUUGUACAAAGAAAACCUGGGGGCAGGAACCCCAAUUCCGAUCACUCCAGAGAUGGAGAGAGUCAAACACAAUCAAGAAAACUUUAGCUCGGUGUUGUACAAAGAGAAUUUGGGGACAGGGAUCCCAAUCCCCAUCACUCCAGAGAUGGAGAGAGUCAAACACAAUCAAGAAAACUUUAGCUCGGUGUUAUACAAAGAAAACCUGGGCAAGGGAACCCCCAUAUCUUUCACUCCAGAGAUGGAGAGAGUCAAACACAAUCAAGAAAAUAUUAGCUCGGUUUUGUACAAAGAAAAUGUGGGUAAAGCCACCCCAACCCCUGUCACUCCAGAGAUGCAGAGAGUCAAACGCAAUCAAGAAAACAUUAGCUCGGUAUUAUACAAAGAGGGCCUGGGGAAGGCAACCCCCACACCUGUCACUCCAGAGAUGGAGAGAGUCAAACGCAAUCAAGAGAACGUUAGCUCGGUUUUGUACAAAGAGAACAUGAGAAAAGCCACCCCAACACCUGUCACUCCAGAGAUGGAGAGAGCUAAACGCAACCAAGAAAACAUUAGCUCGGUUCUAUACUCUGAUAGCUUCCGGAAACAAGUGCAAGGCAAAGCUGCCUAUGUCUUGGAUACCCCAGAAAUGAGACGAGUGCGGGAGACCCAACGCCACAUCUCAACAGUGAAAUACCAUGAAGACUUUGAAAAGCAUAAAGGUUGCUUCACACCUGUGGUGACUGACCCCAUUACUGAGCGAGUGAAAAAGAACACUCAAGAUUUCAGCGACAUUAACUACCGGGGUAUUCAGAGAAAGGUGGUGGAAAUGGAGAAAAAACGUACUGAUCAAGAUCAGGAGACCAUAACAGGCUUACGGGUUUGGCGUACCAAUCCUGGCUCAGUUUUUGACUAUGACCCAGCAGAAGACAACAUCCAAUCUAGAAGCUUACACAUGGUUAAUGUGCAAGCCCAGCGUCGGAGCCGGGAUGCAUCUCGAUCUGCCAGUGCAUUGAGCAUCAGUGGUGGAGAUGAGAAAUCGGAGCCCUCAGAGGAUCACCACCUUUCCCAUUAUAGCAAUGGAGGAAUCUUCUUCUCAGCAACCUCAUCAGCUUACAAACAUGCAAAGACUACAGAGCUUCCACAGCAAAGGUCAUCUUCUGUUGCUACCCAGCAGACAACGGUGUCUUCUAUCCCAUCCCACCCCUCUACUGCUGGAAAAACCUUCCGAGCCAUGUAUGACUACAUGGCUGCUGAUGCGGAUGAAGUGUCCUUCAAAGAUGGCGAUGCCAUUGUCAAUGUUCAAGCUAUUGAUGAAGGCUGGAUGUAUGGCACCGUGCAGAGGACAGGCAGGACUGGGAUGCUCCCAGCUAACUACGUGGAAGCCAUUUAACCAUGUAAUGCCACUGUUUAGGGCCUCCAACCAUGGCCCCUCUAUCCUAUCAUAGUCCAUGAUUACCUGGAGACUUCCAGAAUGUCUUAUUGUUUUUCCCUGCUGAUUUAGUUUUAUGAUGAGUUGUUUCUUGAUCCUUUUCUCUGUAGAAUUAUGGAGAUUUUCCAAAAUUAUCCAUUCAAACAAAUGACAAACAUCAAUCUUGCUCAUCAUUAAACCAGAAACAUUUUCUGCAACCCUAGCUGGACUUGCAUAAACAUUUUAUGGACAAUGUAAUUCAAACUUGUCGUUUAAGCAUAAAUUUUUACAUUGGAAAAAUUGUCAACUGGCGAUUUGGGGUUUUUUGAAAAAUGAAAUUUUCAAACAAAUUUUGGUUUGAAAUGAGUUGAACUUCAGAAAAUUCAACAAAUAAAAAAAGGCUACUGCUGUGUCAGAUUAUUGGCUUUCCUUGUCCUGACACCUAGCCUUUUCGCCAUUGUGGGAAAAUGUUUUACUUUAUUCUUUUUUGUAAGCAAGAACAUUAAGUCAAAAUAACCACAAGGCAAAUGCAGAAAGAAGCCCCUUUCCUCUUUUCCUUCUUCUUGCUUACUGAAUGCUAAUGCAUGCAUCUUUUCAGCCAGGUGUUCUGGGGCAUAAAGCUUAUAUCCUCUGUAAAUUAGUAAUAAAGUUCACACUUCUGCAA